GUUUGUGAUUUAUCUCUGUUUCUUCUGUGCUCUGGAUCAAUGUUUUGAAAAAUGCUGAAUUAGUGUUUUGAAAAAUUGGUCUCAGUAAUUUCAUCUCUGUUUCAGUAAUUGUUUUUCACCGAUGUUUUGCUCUGCUCUAUGAGAUCUAGAUUGUGCUUUCAGUAAUUGGUCUCAGUGAUUUCAUCUAUGUAUAUUGUGUUCGAUCUGUCAUCGAUGUGGUUAUGGAUUUUGAUUUUUGUGAAUUCGUGUGUGAUUGGUUGAUUCUGUUUGGAAUUGUGGAAUUUGCUGAUCUGAGUCGAGAUGGUCUGAUCAUAGGGUUCUUCUUAAUGUCUAUUUUUGCAUUACAAUUUAAUUUAUAUUAUUAUUUAUUGGGGAUUGUUUGACUUUGCUCCCUAAAAUUAUGUUGUGUUUGGUUGAAUUCAAAUUAGGGAGUUAGGAGAGACCACCAGUUUUAAGCACCAUCAGCAAAAGCAGUCACAGAUUUAUUUCUGCCUAUCAUACAACCCAAGGUAAAUAAGGUGCUCCAUUUUGAUCUUGAGGUGAGGAAAAAAGAAGAAGAGAUGAUCGUGGUCUCUCAUUUAGUUUGUUCAAAUGCACAUUGUUCUACCCUGAACAAUGCGCUGUCCUAGUUUGUAUGUUCAAACGCAGACAUUGUGAUCGUGUGUUGGGCAGAGCUUGUGGAGAAUGAAGUCAAAGUGAGAGACUGGACAGAAGUGGAUAGCGAAUUGCUCAGUGUUAGAGCAGAUAUAUGCGGUUUCUAUUACUAUUCGUAUUGUGCUUGGUUUUAUGUUGCUCGCCCUCAUAUGGAGGUUUGAUUUCCCACCCUUCAUGGUGCUGAUCAUUGCCAUCCUCAAUGAUGGUACCAUCAUGACAAUAUCAAAGGAUAGGGUGAAACCAUCUCCUCAGCCUGAUAGCUGGAAGCUGGCAGAAAUUUUUGUAACUGGAGUCAUUCUUGGUGGUUACUUGGCCAUGAUGACAGUCAUUUUCUUCUGGGCAGCAUACAAGACAAACUUUUUUCCUCGUAUAUUUGGGGUUUCAACACUUGAAGCAACAGCUCAUGAUGACUUCAGGAAGCUUGCAUCAGCAAUAUACUUGCAAGUGAGUAUCAUCAGUCAGGCCCUAAUAUUUGUGACACGUUCUAGGAGUUGGUCUUUCGUUGAACGUCCUGGUCUUUUGCUAGUGGUGGCUUUUGUUGUUACUCAGUUGGUAAGUGAACUGCUAUUUUCUAUUCUUUUCUUUAUUUUUUCCAGGCAAGUGCAUCCUAAGUCCUAGUUACUUGAAGAAUCACCUUUAGAAUAAACUUUCCGUUUGUGUGAGCAGGUUGCUACACUGACAAUAGAGGAUUGAUUUCAAUUCCUUUUUGUGAAAUCAAGAGAUCAGUUGGCUGAUGUUUUCAAUGAAGGUUUUUGUAGUAGGAUUUUUUACCAUUGUUUAUGCUUAGUGUUGGUUAGUAGUAGUUUGAGGCAUAAUUGUGUACUUUGGAUCACUUCAAUAUAAAUGCUUUUGUUUAUGGUAGGGAACCUUAAUUUUGGGUCUCUUAUUAGCCAUGUUUACAUUUACCAUUGUGAUUCCCCCUUACUUAUUUUGCAUCCCUUUUUUGUUUCCAUUGAUUUUGUGGCUUGAUUUUCAUUGUUGUUGGUUCUGUUUCAGUAACCUAUGGAGGACUA